AUGCAAUACUGCUUCGCAAGCUUGCAGACACACUGACAUAAUGCCCAUCACAAUCAGCAUUGAUCCUCUGCACAUCUUUCCUCCUCUUCGUCUCUGCAAACCUGCAUCAUAUCAGACCGAAAGUGUCCAUGACCACAUCCCGCUCACCUCUCUGGUUGAUAGGCGCCUGGCGCCCUGGCUCAUCCUUGCCGUGCCUCCAAGCUCAGAUCAAAAGGUCAAGUCAUACUGUACGUUAUCAUCAUCAUCAUCAUCACCAUCCUGCCUCCUCACGAACCCAACCCUUGGCAGUCGUGCACAUCGCCCCAAUCAUCGCCUCCCGCCUCUCACACCCCCAACUUCUACCCAGUGUUGCCAGUCCCUCCCCGCUCCCAUACCCAAGCACCAAGCCAGCUCCAAAUCUUCUCCUCACCUCCAUGACCCAAGGCUUCCGUCGCUCAUUCGUCAAAGCACGAAAUAAGCCCAGCUAAGCUCCCUCUUAGCCCUCCUUGCCUUGUUCUGUAAAAGUGCAUGCAACUCCAUUCUACCACCACUUGCACCACUAAGAUAGUUACGAUCCUACACCACUACACCACCACCAGGUCCAAACUCCCCCAUGCUGCCCAACCAGGCACGAUUCUCGCCACACCUACCAUCUCCUUCUUUCUUCCCCUUCCUU